UUGAUAAUUUUAUGUUCACUUAAUCAAAACGAUGCAAUUCUAGGCAAUCUUGUUGGAGUGGCUGAACUUUGUAACAAAAUCGGGAAGCAAGCAUUCACACGUCACGAUGAACAGAUCGCUACAACCUUCGCUGUAUAUUGUGCUAUAAGCAUAUCGCAUUGUCUCCUUUAUCGCAAACUGCAAGAAGCGCAUCGGCGCUCUCAUAUGGCCGCCGAGCUUCUUGUGCAAGGAUCAACGCUAUCCAUAGCACCUGAAGAUAUACUGCGCUUCACAGUUCGCGAUAUUCCCGCAUCCACAUCGUUCCAUCCAGAUUUUACACAGUUCUUUUUCAUUCCUCGCUCAAUUGGUGCUGGUGACACUUACAUUGAAGCAUCAUUAUCAAUGUUCAAGGAAUUACAGUUCAUUGAGCAAUUUCGGCUACGUCGCCGAACGUUGGCUCGAUUUCUGUUGAUGGUACAAAAAGGAUAUCGGGACGUUCCUUACCAUAAUUGGUCUCAUGCAUUCGCUGUAGGGCAUUUUUGUUUUUUGUUGGUUCGAACGGCAGCUGUACGAAACGCUUUAACUGAUCUGGAGCGGCUCUCGUUGUUUGUGGCAUGCCUUUGUCACGACAUCGAUCACAGAGGCACCACAAAUGCCUUUCAGUUGCAGUCGAAAACCCCAUUGGCUCAGCUGUACAGCAGUGAGGGUUCAGUACUUGAGAGACAUCAUUUUGCGCAAACGGUCUCAAUUCUGAGUAUGGAAGAAUGUAAUAUAUUUGAUCAACUCAAUAGACAGCAAUAUCAAACCGUGUUGGAUAAUAUCCGAGAAAUAAUCCUUGCCACAGAUAUUGCUGCGCAUUUGAGGAAAGUUGAUAGGAUUAAGAAAAUGGUCGAAGACGGCUACGAUAGGACGUCAAAUGAGCAUCACUAUUUGCUCAUGUGCCUUCUGAUGACCGCCGCCGAUUUAUCGGAUCAGAGUAAAGAUUUCAAGAAUAGUAAAGCGAUCGCUGAGAAUAUUUACAAAGAGUUUUUCUCGCAAGGCGAUUUGGAGAAGCAAAUGGGUAAUCGACCGUUGGAAAUGAUGGAUCGUGAUCGCGCUUGCGUUCCGAAAAUUCAACUUGAAUUCAUGGAUACGGUCGCGUUACCUGUAUUUGAUUAUGUGUCCCGAAUAUUGCCUGAUGUGAAGGGGACGUAUAAUGCGAUAUUACUGAAUCGACGUUGUUGGCAUGUAUUGGAUCAAAUCUUGAAAGAAGAAGGCUUACCACGAGGUGGAUUGGACUACCUGAGGAAUGUUGAUCUCGAUGAGAAAGUUAUGAAAAGGAUAGCUGAAGAAGAUGACAAGGUAUCAACUCACUAA